AUGAAUUCGAUGACGUUGUAUCCCCUCACGGAGAAGGGGAGUCGCAAACCCAAGUGUGCGCGCUGUCGUAACCACGGCAUGGUGUCGUGGCUGAAGGGCCACAAGCGCCACUGCGGCUACAAGGACUGCAACUGUCCCAAGUGUAACCUGAUCGCCGAGAGGCAGAGGGUUAUGGCUGCCCAGGUCGCUCUCAAGAGACAGCAGGCGGCCGAGGACGCCAUAGCCAUGGGCCUGAGGGCCUGCGUCACGGAGGCGCCCAUUCCGGUGAUGACGGCGGGGCCGCUGUGGGGCCCGGGGACCGUAACAGCGCCGCAGAUAACGGAGCACGAACGGUCGUCGGCGACCAACGACAAACUGGACGUGGACAGUUCUAACGACAGCGACAGCGACUGUCCCGCCUCGGACAGCCACAGAGACCAGCGACCCACCCCGGUGACGAUGACCCGCGAGGAACGGCAAGAAACCAGACACAAGGACUCCCACCACGUUGCGGACACACCUACCGCCUACAGGCCAGGCAGGCUGUCCCCGCUGGAGAUCCUCGAGCGAGUCUUCCCACUGCAGAGGAAGUCAGUCCUGGAGCUUGUUCUCCAGGGCUGUAACGGGGACUUGGUGAAGGCAAUCGAACACUUCCUGUCGGCCCAGGACACCGUGAUGGCCCAGCAGCAGGCGGUGAUCCACGCCCAGUCGAGGGCUGGAGGAUGCAAGGCGAGUCCAUACCUGGGCAGGCUGAACGGAGGAAUGUCCAGCCUCAGCUCGGCACGACCCGUUACGUCGUCUAACAAACUGUCGUACGGUGGACUCAAGUCGGCGUUCACGCCACUGCCGCCGCCGCCGAUCAGCCAGGGGCUUCACUCGGCCUUCACCCCUCACCUGUCGUCAUUUCCGGCAGACGGUCUGAGAGGACCCAUCUUCCCGCACCAUUCUCGGACAAGUGACCUCAUAGGUCUAGGACAUCAUUUCCCUUACAACGGGUUCGCGGGGAUCUCCCCCGCCGGUCUGUCUGGCAUGAUGGCAUCGCCCUUCUCGUUCCAGCCGUACCGCUUGUUUCCCGAUAUGGUUCCAGCGUCCGCUCGUCGCACCCCGGAUAAAAACAGUGAGAAAUCAGGCCUCACUGACUCGGAUCAUGUAUCUGACAGCUGGGACGAAGGCUCGUCACCUAAAGAUGUCAAAGAGGGAGAUUGAGGAAACAAAUCACAAAUACUUGUCUUCAUUGUGUCAUCCAUUAAUAAGGUAAUGGUGGAGCAGGGUCGUGAGUUCGUAAAGCAAGACACAGUUAAUGGUAUCUGAGACCCGUGUAACCGACUUGGAUCACACAUCUGACAGCUCGUAUGGAGACUCCUCAUCGACUGACAGAUACAAGAUCUGUUCCUCAGUGUUGUGUUUAUUAAUGCAUAUAAUGUAAUAAUGUAACAGUCUGGUGUUUACCGAAGGAAUGGGACAACCAAUAAUUGUUAUA